AUGAGUAGCUCCAACGGGAGCAGACACAGCUCGUCGACAACGGCUGCAUUGCCGCCCUCGCGUCCCUCCAAGAGGAGUAAAAUGCGCAAUGGCACCUUCAUCAUCCCUGCCACAGGCGAGCGGUCCCGGCGCCAAUUUACCCUCCGCACGCCCCGGAAUCGAUCGCGCUGCAACGGAUCCGAGCGACGCCCGCCCGCGAAUUCGGUGACUUCCGUUGGCCAACACCUCCAGGCGGCUUCGAGAGCUCUUCGGACCAAGUCGCUGGCGGCCUGGCGAUGGCUGCAGACCGACGACGGCCGCCAGGUGCUCAAGUGCACGCUGGCAUAUCUCCUGGGCACUACGGCGACGUUUUGGCCGCCGUUGUCCAACUUCCUGGGCCGCCGAGAUGGCAAACACAUUGCGGCGACGUUGACGGUGUAUUUCCAUCCGGCUCGUACGGCUGGUUCCAUGCUUGAGGCCGUCAUGAUUGCCAUCCUGGCCGUGGUAUAUGCCGAGCUGGUCUGUAUGUUGUCGAUGGGUAUAGCUAUUGCCUCUCGUGCCAUCUCGGGAUCUGCCGCUCCCGCACAUGCUAUCGUCCUAAUUGUUUGCAUUGGAGGCGGUCUUGGCUUGGUCGGUUGGACUAAGCAGCGAUUAAACCAGCCACUUGUGAAUACCGCCUCUACAUUGGCAUCAAUGACUAUUAUAUCCGUCAUUACCAAAGAAGAGACUGUCAACAAUGGCUACUUCUCCCUGGACAAGAUUGUCCAGAUGUUCAAGCUGCUACUACUUGGAAUCUCCUUCACUGUGGCUGUUAAUCUCCUGGUAUGGCGCGUGUCGGCAAGAAAAGUGUUGCGCCAAUCUGUCCGUACGGCAGCGGUGGCACUGAGUGAUCGCUUGUCGUUCAUCACCAGCGGAUUUUUAAACGGAUCAGAGGACGAGGUCGACUCUCCCGAGUAUGCCCAGGCAUCUGCCCAGUAUAAUUCAGCGUAUGCCCAGAUAAUGACGACUCUUCGAGAGUCUAAGAUCGAACAAUACUUCCUUGGGAGGGAGAGAAUAUACUCGUUGGAUAAACGUCUCAUCAAGUCGUUGGAAACAGUAUCACAGGCGAUUGGGGGUCUGCGUAGUGCACUUCAGACCCAGCUGACGCUUCUGAAAGAGGGGCCCAACUCUGGUGCGCCGCCGCAUUCAAAUUUAUUUUCUCCUGAACCACCAUCUGGAAUGUCUCGAAGUGUUUCGUACUUUUCUGACGAUGCUAGAGAUCGCCUAUCAGUCAUCGAAGAAGACGAAUUUGAACGCCGUUCGGCCCUCAAUAGCCACUCAGACCCUACGCUUGACAAGUCACCCAUAUUUCGCGUGCCAUCUGAUAUAUUCGCGCUCUUUUUGGCACUACUGGGUCCCUCUAUGAAGUCUUUGGCAUUUACUCUAUCAGAAACGCUCAAAGAGAAUCCUUUUGGUAAAAAUCCCGAAGAUCAAGUAGCUGUCAAUGAGCAUCUGCGUGAUAGUCUCAGGGAUGCGUUGAAUCUGUACAAUAAUGCCAGGGGGAAGGCCCUUCGCGAAUUAUAUCGAAGCAUCGAGCUUGGAAGAUCACGAACCGAAGAUAUUCAAGCGGAUAUUGAAGAGGUUGCCGCUGCCUGUGGUCACUUUUCCUUCAGUUUGCAGGCCGUGGCAGAUGAGAUGGAUGCUUAUCUCGACGUUCUUGAAUCCUUGCAGCAUUCAAUAAAACACUCGGAUCGCAGCUGGAAGUGGAUUAAAUUCUGGAGAAACUGGAAGCUGUUUCAACGUCGCAGCCAUGCUGAUGCGGAAAACGAACCACUCUUGAUCAGACCGCCCAGGAGCCGAAUGAAGUCCCCCACCCCACAGGGUCUGCCCAGGGCCAUGCUGAAGAAAAGAGACUCGUUCCAUUGGGAUGCUUCACCGCAGAAAUCUAACUCCUUUGUUCGCAAGUGUUCCCAAACUUUACUCAAGUUUCUUCGACUCCUGACGCGUGAGGAUGUGAUGUUUGGCAUCAAGGUGGGUAUUGGUGCCGUCUUAUGGGCCAUGCUUGCUUUCAUCCCUGCUACAAGGCCAAUAUAUCAGCACUGGAGAGGCGAGUGGGGCCUGCUGUCCUACAUGAUUGUUGUCGGAAUGACCACUGGUGCCUCCAACACAACAGGUAGCUCUCGAUUCAUUGGAACCUUGAUAGGGGGGGCCUGUGCUUGCUUCGCAUGGUCGGUAAGCUUUUCCAACCCCUGGCUCCUCGAGCUCUGCACUUGCAUUGUAGCGCUGGGAAACUUUUAUGUAAUUCUAGCCAUGAAGAAGGCUCCCCUGGGGAGAAUUUCUCUUCUGGCGUACAACGUCAUCGUUUUGUAUGCUUACAGCUUGACGCAAGAUGUUGAUGAUGACGAUGACGAUGAGGGUGGAAUCGAUCCUCUCAUUUUUGAGAUCACGUACCAUCGUGUAGUGGCGGUCACGUUGGGAAUCCUGUGGGUUUUCAAGUUGGAGUCGCUGCGAGAGUCUGCCAAAUCCGAGUUUGAACUUCGUGGGCCGUUCCCUGACGCCGCCUAUGGCCGAAUUAUGCGCUCUACCAAGCACAUCCUGGAUGGCCUCUACGCCAUGCGUCUCAUCACACAACGUCGGGAUACGCUCUCGGAGGGCGAGAGUGCCCUUUUGGAAAUUACGGCUGCUGAGAGGAUGCAGCUGUGCGAACGACUAUGCCACGUUUUCCAGGUCCUGGCAUCUUGCGUCAUGCUAGAGUAUCCUCUUACGGAUGCGAUUCCUACUAUUGACCGUACCAGAGACCGCCUCUUGAACAAAAUCUAUCAAUACCGCAAGGAGCACAUGGAGAUGAACUUGAGAAGUACCGAGGACGAUGCCGUUCAAGCCAUGACGGAAGAAAAAGACUAUGCUUUGCUUUAUGCGUAUACCCUUGUCACGGCGCAAGUGGCUGCCGAAUUGAAGAAAAUUAAGAAGGAGAUUGAGGAGUUGUUUGGAGUUUUGCAUCAGGAUGAACUUCUGUUGGAGUAAUAUGUGAAAUCAAGCAGAUGGAAUUUGAUCAGUCGUUCCUUCAUGCAGCUUAACAUGUGGAAGAAUGUUUGAGAUAUCCAAGUACACGACUUUUUUUGGGGUAAAAUAAUGAGGGCUAGGUUAUUGAUAAUGGAAGCAUUGAAUGAAGCAUACGAAGCGAAUCAUGAUGGCGCACGGGAUUUUGAUUUCUUGAACAUUCAGAUAUACCUAAUAUAGCAUUAUGGUGUCUUGGGUUG